AUGGACUCGUCUCUGUUUACCGCCGCUCGCAUUAACAAGUUCUCCGGAACAAACUUCCAUGUGUGGAAGUUCAAGAUGCAAAUGGUGCUGGAGGAGCGAGACCUGUGGGACGUCGUGAGCGGCGAGGUCAAGAUCGAGCACUGUACAAGUACUUUGGACCAAGCGACUUUCAAGCGAAAGUCGCGAAAGGCGCUAGCGAUAAUCUGUCUUGCGAUGGAGGAUUCGCAGUUGCCACUGGUUCGCUCGGCGAAGGACGCGUAUGAUGCAUGGUCAAGUCUGGAAGGACACUACGAGAAGAAAAGCUUGGCUAAUAAGCUCUUCCUUCGUCGCCGGUUCUUCACGACAAUGAUGGGAGAAGGUGAUGACGUGCUGGAGCACAUCAACAGACUCAAGACUCUGGCGGAGCAAUUGGACGCAGUCGGUGCUCCGGUCAGUGAGGACGAUUUGGUCAUCACGCUUCUGGCCAGCCUUAGCGAGUCGUACCAGUUCCUGAUAACAGCAUUGGAGUCGAGAGCCGACUCUCUGUCGUGGGAACUAGUGACAUCUCGGCUAAUGCAUGAAGACAUGAAGCGCAACGAGCAAUGUGGUGGAAUCAAAGGAGCCGCGCACGGGUACCAGCGUGCAAACAUCGCGCAAGAACCAGAGCUUGGCGAUUACCUGUUCUCGGUUGGUGGCGGCAAGACCAAGUCGAGUUACAUGUGGCUGGUCGAUUCAGGGGCGACGCAGCACAUGACAAGUUCGAAAGAGUUCAUGAGGAACUACAAGGACUUUGGACCAGUAGAUGUGCAUCUUGCUGAUGAUGGAGUUGUGCAAGCGAUUGGAAAGGGUGACAUUGUCAUGCCAAUGAGGACUCGUCAAGGGGUCAAGAAGGGUGACGUGGAGCCUGUCACCUUUGAAGUCGAUGGUUGCUUCGCGGAAACGAAGGGUUUCAAGUGGAAACUAGGCGCUCUAGAAGGAAAGGGAUUGUUCAAGCUUUGUAUGACACCGGAGUUUCCUGACGAGGUCAAUGUGGCGAGUCCAAUAAACUUCAAAGGAGACAACACUUCCUACCUCUGGCACCUUCGACUUGGCCACAUUGGUCAUGGUGGUCUAGACGCCAUCGUCAAGAAAGAUUACGGCAGUGGAAUCGGCAUGAAGUCUGUGCAGAAGUGGGAGUUUUGUAAAGGAUGCGCACUUGGCAAACAAACACGUGUGAGCUAUAUGCCCAAGUCACCCGACCGAGCACGUAUGUUGCUGGAGGUCAUUCACAGCGAUGUGUGUGGCCCCAUGAAAACUCCUACCUUCAGUGGAAAACGAUACUUUGUGACUUUCAUUGACGAAUACUCGCACUACUGUGUGGUGUAUCUGCUUCAAAACAAGUCUGAAGUAGCGACCAAGUUCGCUCAAUUUGUUGCGUUGGCGGAAACCCAAACUGGCAAACGUGUGAAGACUCUUCGAAGCGAUAAUGGUGGUGAGUACACUUCCAGAACGAUGUCCAAGUUCUGUGCGGACCAUGGUAUCAUGCAGAAAUUCACGCCGCCUUACACUCCUCAAUUGAACGGUGUCGCCGAGCGAAUGAAUCGGACAUUAGUGGAAAGCGCUCGUUGCAUGAUGGAACAUGCUGAGUUAUCCAAGUCGUAUUGGUGUGAGGCAGUCAUGACUGCGAACUUCCUACGUCUUCGCUGUCCAAGUCGUUCAACAAGUCACGACAAGUCACCCUACGAAGUAUGGAGUGGUAAGAAACCUAUACUUGCAAACCUGAAGGUGUUCGGUUGUCAUGCAUACGUGCAUGUGCCCAAGCCAAAGCGGUCCAAGCUCGAUGCAAGAUCGAUUCAGUGUCGGUUCAUUGGAUACUCCGACCAUGAAAAAGCGUACCGUUUCGAGGAGAUCAAGAGUCGUCGUGUACUGGUCAGUCGCGACGCACAGUUCAUGGAGAAUGUUUUCGACAGUGGGAGACGCGACUAUGUGCAAGAUGGAGCCGUCGUCGAAGAAGAAGCUUUUAUGGAAGAUGAGGAUGUACCUAUGGAGGACUACUCCUCUCAUGACACCAGCAACAUGAAUUUUGAAGAGGCUACAAUGGAUGGCGUUGAUGAACCCGGCGUUAAGAGACACCAACGCACACAGUCACUCGAGGCCUUGGCCAACGCUCCUGAUGCGAAACGUCGAGCUCGAUACCUUACCAUGGCCGAGAUGUCUGCGACUGCUGAUACCAGUCACUCUGUUGAGACUGCCUACGUCGUGGAUUCAGUGGGAGAUUUACCAGGGACAUUCAAGUCAGCAGUGGAAUCCAGCGACGCAGUCAAGUGGAAAGAGGCUUGUGACUCCGAAAUAAAUUCCCUUCGUCAAAAUGAGACCUGGAAUCUUGUGCCGCUUCCACAGGGGCGCAAGGCAAUUGGUAAUCGAUGGGUAUUUCGGGUAAAGGAGACCAAGGAUGGAAGAAUCGAGCGGUUCAAAGCGCGUUUGGUAGCCAAAGGUUUCUUACAGAAACAUGGCAUUGACUAUGACGAGACCUUCGCUCCUGUGGCCAAGUUCACAUCCAUCCGAGUUUUACUCAGCUUAGCGGCGAAGUACUCGUUCAUGAUUCACCAUAUGGAUGUCAAGACAGCAUUUCUAAAUGGACAUCUUGAGGAAGAUAUUUACAUGGCGCAGCCGGAUGGAUACGUUGAUGAAGAUCAUCCGGACUUUGUUUGCCAGCUAAAGCGCUCUCUAUAUGAUCUGAAGCAGUCCCCACGGAUGUGGAACCAGACCAUUGACAAGUUUAUGCUGGACUUGGAUUUUAAGAACGCUGUACUGUAA